AUGGCUUCGGCGCGCAAACGGGCAAGGCCCGAGGGCGACAAGGAGGUCGAGGCCGACUGCACCUUCACAAUUGAAUAUCCGAAUCCUGGCAGCAAAGAUAACAAAGCCAAGAAGCGCAGGCGCACCGACUCGGCCUCCCCGGCGCCAGCACCCAAGGUGCCUUUUCAACCAUCGCCGUUUGCGCCGCAUGGAAGGUUCCUGAAAGAUCCGAGUAAUAACAUGGACCGCCACUAUAGAGUCUCGCCAGCUAAAGAAUGGACCGACAUGACGAGAUACAACAGCUUUGUCCUCAAUGGCGUCAAGUACUUUGCCGAGGGCUUCAUAUUCGUCGCAAACAGAUCCACCAUCGACCAACCACGGAAUCCAGGCCAGAUUGUUAAGAAUAUGGACAAGUCACAAGAGGAAUGGGUGGCACGCAUUCUCGAAAUCAGGGCAAAGGACGAGCACCAUGUGUAUGCCCGUGUGUACUGGAUGUACUGGCCGGACGAGCUUCCAGAACGCUCGCGAUAUAAUGGCAAGCACGUCAAGGGCAGACAGCCAUACCAUGGACUACAUGAGCUCAUUGCUUCCAAUCACAUGGAUAUCAUCAAUGUCGUUAGUGUGACUGCGCCGGCGACUGUGCAGCAAUGGGACGAGGGGAACGAGGACGAGGUCCAGCCCGCGCUCUACUGGCGACAGGCGCUUGAUGUUCGUACUAUGGAGCUCUCGUCUCUUGUGGAACGCUGUAUUUGCAAGCAACCAGAAAACCCCGACAAACUAUUGAUCAAUUGCAGUAACAAGAAGUGUGGCGUCUGGCUUCAUGCCGAUUGUCUUGCUCACAAGACCCUCUUGGAUACUUGGCAGCGGCUGGGGCCAGAUAAGCCUCAUAUUGGGUCUGCUGCUGCAAUCAAGCAAGAAACAGGCGCCGAUGAGCCCAAACGAUUACUCAGCCCUGAUGAGAUAGGGGCUGCGUCCACUGCACAGGCGUCGAUUGACGUCAAGAUGGAGAAGGAGAACCCGACGAAUGAUCUCCCAUCCUCGUCCACUAUACGUUCAAAACAGAAAAGCGACAUCAUCACUAUACCGACGGCAUCUAAGAAACAUCGCGGUCGCUCGAAGAACCUUACGAAUUCCGAGACAGGUGAGCCAUUUGGGUUCACUGCUGUCGUGUUUGAAGACCAAGAAAGCGCACCAGUAAUUGAGAUCACAGACCUGCGCAACAUUGUGGGCGGUGAAAGCUCUUGGAAAGAAUCACUCAAGUGUCUUGCCUGCGGCGAGGAUAUUCAGUAA